AUGUUGCGACUCUCUGUGAGAGUAGAAGCUAGUUGUGGAGUUAUUUGUUCCUGCAACUGUGUUUACUUUACUUCUCUCUCUCUCGAUCUCUUUUUUUUUUUCUUUUUUGGAGAGAUAUCCGCGCUUGCGCAGCUAUUUUUGUCGCCUCUCGUUUGCAUUUCAUUUAACUAUACCUUCACUUCUUCUUCUUCUUCUUCUUCUUCUUCUUCUUCUUCUUCUUCUUCUUCUUCUUCUUUCUUGUUGACGUUUUUUUCCUUUCCUUCGUUCCCAUAUAUCCUUGAAAAUAUUCUUUUUUCCUUCUUUAUUUAUUCUUUCUUUCUUUCAUUCUUUCUUUCUUUCAUUCUUUCUUUCUUACCUGCCUGUUUUCUACUUUCAUUCGUUGUUUUUUUCUUUAUUGCGUUUUGCCAUUCUUUCUUUCUUACAUUCUGUCUUUCUUACUUCCUGUCUUUCUUUCUUUCUUUUCUUUUCUUUCAUUUCAUAUCUUACUUCUUUAUUUAUUCUUUCGUCUUUUUUCAUUCUGUUAUCUUUGUAUCAUUCUCUUUUUUCUUUCAUUCUUUCUUUCUUCCUUUCUUUCUUUCAUUCUUUUUUUCUUUCUUUCUUUCAUUCUUUCUUUCGUUCGUUCUUUCUUUCUUAGCUGCCUAUUUUCUCCUUUCAUUCAUUGUUUUUUUUUCUUUAUUGCGCAUUUUUAUUCUUCGUUCCUUACAUUUGACCUUCUAUAUUUCUUUCCGCCUCACUUCACACCCUUCCACUUUCAUCCCUCACCACGUAUUAUUUUACACUUCUUCUUUUUUUUCAUUAACUUCUUGUUUCUUAUAUUUCUUUCAUUCUUUUCUUUUCCUUUUAAAAUUUGUCUCCCUGUCUCUUACACGUUCUUUCUUUCUUUCUUUCUUUCUUCCUUUCUUUCUUUCUUUUUUUCUUUCUUUUUUUCUUUCUUUCUUUCUUUCUUUAUAUUCUGCGUCUUUUUCUAAUUCUAGUUCACCCAUCUCCCCACAUUUUUCAGUUUCUUUCACCGUCAUAACUCCCCCGCCUUUCCUUCACGCAUUUAAUUCUUCCUGUUCCUUCUCCCACGUAGGUCUAUUCUCUUAA